GUCACUCGCUUCCCGGGCAGAGAGGCAGCAUGAGGCCCGGAGGAGUCCCUGCCGGCGAGGGCCCUCUCAGAGAUGCCACGAGCGUUGUCGUGCCCGUUUCGGCUCCUGGCACCUCCAGGAAAGGCUGUCCCUGGAUUCCCAGCAACUUCUGGGAGGAGGCAAAGAGGCUGCUGGCGCUGGCAGGGCCAAUGACCCUGAUCCAGCUGCUGGUCUUUAUGAUCCAUAUUGUAAGCUCCAUCUUCUGCGGGCAUCUGGGCAAGGUUGAGCUGGCGGCUGUCACGCUUGCAAUCGCUGUUAUAAAUGUUCUCGGCAUCUCCGUGGGGUAUGGCUUAACAGCAGCAUGCGACACAUUAAUAUCACAGACGUACGGCGGCAAGAACAUGAAGCGGGUGGGCACCAUCCUGCAGCGCGGCAUCCUCAUCGUGCUGCUCUGCUGCUUCCCCUGCUGGGCUGUCUUCAUCAACACCGAGCAGAUCCUGCUGCUGGUGCGCCAGGACCCGGAGGUCUCCAGGUUAACGCAGGUUUACGUGAUGGUUUUCGUCCCGGCUCUUCCCAUGGCUUUUCUGUACCAGCUGGAGACACGAUAUCUGCAGAAUCAGAGGAUCAUUUGGCCCGAGGUGCUCAGCGGCAUCGUUGGAAACAUCAUAAAUGCGAUUGCAAACUACAUCUUCCUCUACAUGAUGGACCUCGGAGUCACGGGCUCUGCCUUGGCGAACACCAUCGCUCAGUACGCACAAGCCAUCUUCCUGUUCCUGUACAUCGUCGGGAAGAAGCUCCACGUGGAGACCUGGGGAGGCUGGUCCACCGAGUGCCUGCAGGAGUGGGAUACCUUCACCUCGCUGGCCGUGCCCAGCAUGCUCAUGUUAUGCAUCGAGUGGUGGACCUAUGAAAUCGGAAGCUUCCUGGUCGGCCUGCUGAGCGUCGUGGAGCUUUCUGCCCAGUCCAUUGUUUACGAGGUGUCCACAGUCGCUUACAUGGUUCCCUUUGGACUGAGCACGGCUGUCAGCGUUCAGGUGGGGAAUGCGCUGGGUGCCGGGAACAUAGAGGAGGCCAAGAGAUCGUCCGUUGUCAGCCUGCUGUGCACAGGGGUCUUUUGCGUGGUGAUGGGUGUCGUACUGGCAGCCUCGAAAGACGUGCUGGGAUAUAUAUUUACCAGUGACACAGAGAUCAUCGAGCUGGUGGCCUGGGUUAUGCCGGUGUACAUCGCCUUCCACCUGUUCGAAGCUGCUUGUUGUGCCACCGGCGGCGUGCUCCGGGGCUCGGGCAGGCAGAAGUUCGGGGCUAUCCUGAACGCCAUCGGCUACUACAUCGUGGGCCUCCCAGUAGCGAUCCUGCUGCUCUUCGUUGCCCGGAUCGGGAUCAUAGGCCUCUGGCUCGGCAUGCUGAUCUGCGCUUUCAUCCCCUGCAGCUGCUCCAUCGCCUACAUCGCGCAGAUGGACUGGAGGAAGGCCUCCGAGGAGGCUCAAUGGCGGGCAGGCGUCAGCCAGCAGACGGCUGAGGAUUUGAACACGGCUCCCAUCCCUUCCAAGCAGGCUCCCCUCCCAGGGGAGGCCGGGGCCCAGAACGGCGUCGUCCUGCUUGGCUUCACUAAGCUCGAGGGGCCGAGGCUCCAGGAAGCUGCUCCUGCGCGCCCGCCUGCGGCCGAGGCUCUGUCCGUGAAACAGCUCGUCCUCCGGCGCGGGCUGGCAGUCGCUGCAGCCAUCGCCGUCCUCGCGCUCGGGGUGGCUGUAAGGGUCACGACUGCUCCCCACUGAGCAGGCUGGCCCAGAGACGGGGACUGGCGCUGAGAGCGCAGGGAGAUCCCUUCCGACUCGCAGCCGGGAGCACGCGGCGCCCAGGACUUGUCCAAGCAAAGUGGGGAGUCUCUACUUAACAGAAGAUGGCAUCUGACCUGAGCUAGGCGCUGCUGUCCAGGGGAUUGUCUGCCUGCGCUGAAUGGGGAUCUGAUCCAACCGCUGGCAACACCUGAGCAGACAGCCAGGGCUGGCGAACCCUGUCACCACCCAGACUUUGCGGCAAGAUGUGGGGCGGCGCUAACUGCACGGUCCCACACUGGCGCAGCGAUGACCCGUUGUUUAGCGAUGAAUAAACCCAGCCACCAAGCUCC